GUCAGCACAUGAUGAUGCGACUGCAGCAGGCGGAGUCUGCCGGCCUGAACCCUCUUUUCUCUGUCUGGCUGACUGCUAUACUGUCAUCGGCCUGGGUGUGGUCUUUGCAGUCGGGGGUACCGUUAGCAGGAAAUCAAGCUCGAGCCAUUUCACUUUAAGGCGAAACAAAGAAAAAAAAAAAACCCACUCGGUUGAAAAUUUGUUCUUCUUCGUGGUCAAAGCGAGAAGUAACGUUCGUGUCCUCGAGACGUUCGGUUGGCGCCGUUUGUUCUGAUGGGAAAAAGUUUUCUGCUGGUCUCGCUAACCGGUCGUCUGAUUUAAUAACUUUUUUUUUUUUCUCAAUAAAACCUGAGCCGGACGUAAAAGAAAGGAAAGAUGCCGAAGACGAUUAGUGUGAGAGUCACUACAAUGGACGCUGAACUGGAAUUCGCCAUUCAGCCAAAUACAACAGGAAAGCAGCUCUUUGACCAGGUUGUUAAGACCAUCGGGCUGCGAGAGGUUUGGUACUUUGGACUCCAAUACCAGGAUACGAAGGGUUUCUCCACAUGGCUCAAGCUCAAUAAGAAGGUGACGGCCCAGGAUGUGAGGAAGGAAAGCCCGCUGCUGUUUAAGUUCCGCGCCAAGUUCUUCCCCGAGGAUGUGACAGAGGAGUUAAUCCAAGAUGCCACACAGCGGCUGUUCUUCCUGCAGGUGAAGGAGGGGAUCCUAAACGACGACAUCUACUGCCCUCCAGAGACUGCAGUCCUCCUGGCCUCCUACGCAGUGCAGGCCAAGUACGCCGACUACAACAAGGAAGUCCACACGCCAGGCUAUCUGUCCGGUGAACAGCUGCUCCCUCAGAGAGUUCUGGACCAGCACAAACUCAACAAGGACCAGUGGGAGGAGAGGAUUCAAGUGUGGCACGAAGAACACAAGAGCAUGAUGAGAGAGGAGUCCAUGAUGGAGUAUCUGAAGAUCGCUCAAGAUCUGGAGAUGUACGGAGUCAACUACUUCAACAUCAAGAACAAGAAAGGAACGGAACUGUUUUUGGGAGUGGACGCUUUGGGGCUCAACAUCUAUGAACAAAAUGACAAAAUGACGCCCAAAAUUGGAUUUCCUUGGAGUGAAAUCAGGAACAUUUCCUUUAAUGACAAGAAGUUUGUCAUCAAACCAAUCGACAAGAAAGCACCCGACUUUGUAUUCUACGCUCCGAGACUGCGCAUCAACAAGCGCAUCCUGGCUCUUUGCAUGGGGAACCACGAGCUGUACAUGCGCCGCCGCAAACCCGACACCAUUGAAGUGCAGCAGAUGAAGGCUCAGGCUCGGGAGGAGAAGAAUCACAAGAAGAUGGAGAGAGCUCUGCUGGAGAACGAAAAGAGGAAAAGAGAAGUCGCUGAAAAGGAAAAGGAAAAGAUUGAGAAGGAGAAGGAGGAACUAAUGGAGAGGUUAAAGCAGAUCGAGGAGCAGACGAAAAUAGCCCAACAUGAGCUGGAGGAGCAAACGCAGAGGGCUCUGGAGUUGGAGGUGGAGAGGAAGAGCGCUCAGGUGGAGGCCGAGCGCCUGGAGGCCGAUCUGAAGGGCGCCGAGGACGCCAAGGAGGCGCUGCUGCAACAGUCGGAGAACCAGAUGAAGAACCAGGAACACCUGGCGACAGAGUUGGCUGAGCUGACUUCCAAGAUUUCCCUCCUGGAGGAUGCCAAGAAGAAGAAGGAAGAAGAGGCGGUGGAGUGGCAAGAGAAGGCCACCACGGUGCAGGAGGACCUGGAGAAGACUAAAGAGGAGCUCAGAAACAAGGUGAUGGUGUCUCACGUUCAGGAGCCCCCCAACGCGGAGAACGACGAGAACGACGAGGAUGACGAGAGCAGCGCCGAGGCCAGCGCCGAGUUCGGAGCCGCCGUCGCGUACAAGGACCGCAGCGAAGAGGAGCGCAUGACCGAGGCAGAGAAGAACGAGCGCUUGCAGAAACAUCUACUCGCUUUGAGCUCGGAGCUGGCCAACGCUCGGGACGAGAGCAAGAAAACGGUGAACGACAUGAUCCACGCAGAGAACAUGAAGGCAGGACGAGACAAGUACAAGACCCUCAGACAGAUCCGGUCAGGAAACACCAAACAGCGCAUUGACGAGUUCGAGUGCAUGUGAUGUCUGCACAGCCCAAUGCAACAACAAAAAAAGCAACAAAAAAAAAGCCCACUCAGCUGGGCCUCUCUGCCUGUCCUGCCUCACACAAGCCGUUUCCUCUGCACCCAAAUAAAUCAGAUCCACAACAUGACAUGGUUGCACAAGCACAGCACAAUGUACAAACAUGGAUCUCCAUUUGUUAUCAUUCCUGACUAUGAAUUUUGGCAAGUUACUGGUUGAAAAGGGACAAACUGUAUUUUAUUAGUUUCAUCCCUCACGAGGGGUUUAUGUAGCAUAUUAGCGAUGGGCUCUCGCCUCAUUUCAUGACACAUUGAGUAAGCAUUUUUAAUUUCUUUAUAUAUUUCUGUCACGUUUUUGUAUCAUGAUUUCAAAAUAAAACGCUCGGCGACCAAUCAAAAUUUCCGAUUGAAAACUGUGCCUGUUCACAUGCAACGGUUCUUCACAUCAAGCUAAACGUUGAUUCGCUGCCCAUCGUUCUAGAAAGAAACUCUCUGUAAUCCAUGUAGAGCAUCACCAGAGCAGUGUUAUUCUUUUUGCAAAUUCCCUUUAAAUUGACUUACUGAUCAUUUGAGUGUAUUCUGGAUCUGCCUACUGUUAUAAAUCGUUCAGUAUUCACACCCCACUCAACAGGUGAUAUUAAAGAUCAAUUUCAUUACAUUUUUUUUGUCUGAUUUUACAUUUCUGAAACUCCUUCAAGUCAGUUUGCAACUACAAGGCUUUAGUGUAAAUGUUGUAGUAUUCAGGGCCAUCUAGUCGAUUCAGCGUUCAAUGAGUCGAUUUUACUGUACCUUUAAGAGUUUUACUCUAGUUUUAUGUUCUGCUUACUUGUGAGGAGCCUGUUGGAUAAUCAGAAUAUAUAUAUUUUUGCAUUGCUAUAACCAGUUCAGCAUUAGGAAUUACACUGUAGUGGUCACAAAUAAAGUCAUCUGUAAAGGUAAAAGUUGUAGUUUAAACUUGCAUUUUGGGAACUUUCCUUUGAAAAAAAUCUUCAUAGAAUAAAAUGAUUUCAUUAACCAUGCACUGGAAAACCACAGCUUACCUUUGCAAAAUGAGUCAAGACAGACUUACUGUCUCCAAUGCAUGCUUUUUUGAUAUACUGUAUGUAUUUAAUUACGUUUGUGUAUUUUGUAAUUUGGAUUUUUUCAGAAGUGCUAGCACUAUGUAAGGUGGAAAAACACACCAUUGAGGAUAUUUUUGUAUUAUAAAAAAAAAAAACUAGAAGUACUCGUCAAAGUAACAGUUUUUGUUCAGAACGAACAUCGUUUUGGUGUUAACUAAUAGCACAGCUCAGUGCUGUGACAGUGAGCUGAUGGAACAAGCAACACCCCAAACACGCCUGUGAUGGGACCAAUGAAAAGCCAGACGCUACAGGACGCUACUGUGUUCCAGGCAGGCAAAAUACCGUGAAUGGAAAUUAUAAACCAAGCCAAAACAUUUUGCAUGAAAAUGAAAACUUCCUUGUCAUUUGUUCCCAGAUUACAUCUUGUGAUGCAGACAUGCGAAGGGUUUUGCUUGUUCUCAGAUAUUUAGAAAUGAGUGUAAGAUUUAUUUACGCUAUUUUAAAGUUUGAAGUUUAGAUUUUUUUAUUUUAUGCUAUUUAGAUUUCUCUUAUUGAAUGAACGUUUGUCAUUUGUACCAACAUGCAUUUUGAUAUACAGUAUUCUCGCCCAUUGCUGCGUAAAGUUCUUGUACCAUGAAAUGUAAAAGUGCAGUCGUUGCCAUUUUUGGAUGCUCUUCCAUGCCUUUGACAAUAACUUGCAUCAUGCUGCACUGUAUGUUCUACCUGAAGCACCGUGUAUCGACAGCCUUCUUUUAAGGAUCAAGUGUAAUUUGAACCCGAGUCGUCGUGUUUAAAAAAAAGAAAUGUAUUAAAAGACGCUGCUCAAUAUUUUGUCUUGAAUCAAAAAGGGCUGAAACGUAAUAUUGUAAACAGUGCCUUGCCCAGGUUUUCCAUCAGAUCUUGCUGCUUCAAGUCUUCCUUUCACCGAUGAAUAAAAAUCAAAAUAAACAGA